AUGUCUCCUAUCAGCACGGCUACUACAGCCUUGAACUUCAUCACGGCCGUUGCCACCAUUGCGCAGCACAUACCUGCGCCUACUCCCACACCCACGCCCACGCCCACGCCUACCAUCCCCUCUCCACAAGCAUCGGAAACAGCUAGUGCGUCAUCUGAGCCAACCAUAUUCGUGCCAGAGCCGUACAACUCCGGCACAUCUUUCUUCGCUUCUAUCGCAAACAUUUUAUACAUGUUCGUGUACACCAUCCCGCGCGCCUACCAAGGCAUCCUCGGUCUCUUCAUGCGGUCGCAAAAUCAAAAAGCGGCUCUUGCCAAGGAAGCCGAAGAGAAAAGCUAUCGCAUCCAACAAGUGGAGGGCAUCAACAAGAUCGCUGAGCUUAUGCAAGCACAAGGCGAGCGAUCGGAUAAGAUGCUGGAGCUCAUGGCGACUAUGGCGGAUGACAACAAGGCCUUGAAGCAAGACAACAAGGCGUUGCGCCAAACAGUCGAAAAGCUUGAGACGGAAAGCAAAGCGACGAAGGAGGACAACGUAGCGUUGAGGCAGCGCGUCGAAAAGCUUGAGUCGAGGGUGGAGACCAAAGCGAUAAAGGCAGAAAUUCCCAUGGCCGCUGACAAGAGCGCAAAAGACGGCAUCAAGGCUCCAUUGACGGAGGUGAGCCAGGAAAUGACCGAAGCACUACAGGUGGUGAUCAAGGAGGCCUUCCAGGAUGCAUUGAAGGAGGCAAACCCGCCACCGAGGGAAGCGACAAAGGGUCUGAUCGAAGGGAUGGAUAGGAUGACGGACAGCAUGAGGUCGGUGGUAACGGCUGUCCAGGGGUUGAAGAGGGUGUUUAGAGUUGGCUUGCAGGCAGUGGACAACAAUACCCGGGCUCUCGAUCACAAGGUGGAUUGGAUGCUCGAUUAUUACCUUGAUGAGAACGAGAGGUUCCAUACUCUCAAGGUAGUUCUUCAGGGACUAUUCAACCUUGUUGGCUCUACCUCGCAUGCCACUUCAACUACUUCCCAUUCAUCCUGGGGCGGAGAUCCCGUGAAGAGCGAGAUUGCAGUGGACAAAUCGGGCUGGGAGGAAAGACGAGACCCUUAG